AUGGACCAUCGACAUUUUCUUCCUCAUGACCACAAUUGGCGUCAAAGUAGGAAAUUUGAUGGGAAGCCUGAAAGAAGAGAAAAGCCUCACCAAUUUUCUGGUAGUGAGUUGUUACAACAGUUAGAAGUGUUGCCAGAUUGCAAGUUUGGAAAGCAUCCAAAUAACAAGAAAAGAAAGCGUACUCCUGAAGAAUUGAAUUGGACUAGAAAGCCUAUUUUAUUUGAGUUACCUUACUGGUCAAAACUAAAGUUAAGACAUAAUCUCGAUGUUAUGCACAUUGAGAAAAAUAUUUGUGACAAUAUAGUAGGUACUUUGUUGAAUAUCGAGGGAAAGACCAAAGACACAUUUAAGGCAAGGUUAGAUUUGCAAGAUUUGAAAAUCAGAAAGGAGUUACACUUGCAAAAAUGCCCUGAUGGGUCUUUUAUGAUGCCUCCAGCAUCUUACACGUUAUCAAAGGAGGAGAGGAAUGAAUUUUGUGAAUUUCUACAAUCUGUGAAGUUCCCAGACGGGUAUGCAUCCAAUAUCUCAAGGACAUUGGGUCGUUAUAAGGGGUUUGUACGUAACAGAGCUCAUCCUGAAGGAUCAAUUGCAAAAGCAUACAUUUCAACUGAAUGUUUAACAUUUUGCUCAAUGUAUUUGGCCGGGAUUGAAACUAGGUUUAACCGAGAAGAAAUGAAUGAUGACAAAGGUAAGGAAGAUGAUAUAGAUGGAAUGUUAGUCUUCUCCCGUAAUGUGCGCCCAUUUGGAGCUUCAAAAUAUGAUACAUUGACACCUGAAGAAUUUGAAAAGAUGACAUCUUUGCGAAGUCAAGAUCAAUCUAAAUUAACCGAGCAAAUUUAUGCUCUUGCUUGUGGGCCUGAUAAUCGAGUGAGACGGUAUAGUGGGUGCAUUGUUAAUGGUGUAAGAUUCCACACAAAAGAGCAUGAAACUAAUCUUAGAAGCCAAAAUAGUGGUGUGGUUGUUGGAGGGAUGCAUGAAGAUGAAGACAUUGACUUUUAUGGUGUUGUAACAGACAUCAUUGAGUUAAACUACAUCAAAGAUAAUCGAGCCAUAUUAUUCAAGUGUGAUUGGUUUGAUCUUGACAAGAAGAAGAAAGGAAUCCAUCACGAUGGACGGUUAACAAGCAUCAAUGUUAGCAAGUAUUGGUAUAAAGAUGACCCUUUUGUGAUGGCAUUGCAAGCAAAACAAGUUUUCUACUUGGUUGACUUAAAAUUAGGAAAAGAUUGGAGAGUGCCCCAGAAUUUUAGCCACAGACACAUAUAUGAUGUUCCUGAGAUGUCAAGUAGUGCAGUUGAGACAGAAGAACUGGCUAAUGUUGAGAAUGAGAUCAUUUACCAAGACAUUGAAAUAUCUGAGAACAGUAGACAUGUUCAAUUAGAGGAAGAGGAAGACGGACCACUAAUAAGGAAUGACGUAAUCCCAGACAUUGUUAAUGCUGAUAUCUUAGAGACAAGUAUAGGAGCAAGACAUGAUGUAGAUGAUUUUCUUGAUUAUGGUGUGGAAGAUGAAGAGAUGGACGCUUUUUCUCAAGAAAAUGAAGAGACUGAUUUUACUUCGACUAAUAGUGAUUCAGAUCCAAUGGAGUAA